AUGGCUCCCUUAACCGAAGUCGGGGGCUUCCUGGGCGGCCUGGAGGGCUUGGGCCAGCAGGUGGGCUCGCACUUCCUGCUGCCUCCCGCCGGGGAGCGGCCACCUCUGCUGGGCGAGCGCCGGGGCGCGGCGGAGCGGGGCGCCCGCGGCGGGCCCGGGGCGGCGGAGCUGGCGCACCUGCACGGCAUCCUGCGUCGCCGGCAGCUCUACUGCCGCACCGGCUUCCACCUGCAGAUCCUGCCCGACGGCACCGUGCAGGGCACCCGGCAGGACCACAGCCUCUUCGGUAUCCUGGAAUUCAUCAGUGUGGCAGUGGGACUGGUCAGUAUUCGAGGUGUGGACAGUGGCCUGUACCUGGGAAUGAAUGACAAAGGAGAGCUAUAUGGAUCAGAGAAACUGACUUCUGAAUGCAUCUUCAGGGAGCAAUUUGAAGAGAACUGGUAUAACACCUAUUCAUCCAACAUAUAUAAACAUGGAGACACCGGCCGAAGAUAUUUUGUGGCACUUAACAAAGAUGGAACUCCAAGGGAUGGUGCCCGGUCUAAAAGACAUCAGAAAUUUACUCAUUUCCUGCCCAGACCAGUGGAUCCAGAAAGAGUGCCUGCCUUGUACAAGGACAUCCUGAUAUACACUUGAAGUGCAACAGUUUCUUUACUGAAGAACAAAACCACAACUAUUCUUUCUUAGGACAGUUCCCACAGUAAAAUAACAACCCAGGAAGACAUUCAGAAUGGUACACGGCCUAUUUUCCACUGGGAGACUGAAUUUGGAAGGAAUAUUGAAAUCGAACAAACAAAAAUAUUUUGCCUUGACAUAGAUCAGGAUCUCUCUUUAUCCGUGGAUUAGGUUCCCCCAGGGGCCCUGGCUCGGUCCUCACUAGUAGAUGGAAGUGGAAAACUUGUUACCCAGUGGAUGACGGGAAUCCCCCCCCCCUAGUUUGCUGCUCUGGUGCUUUACCUCCCUGGAAUAUGUUUACUUUAAAAGUCACAUUAAAAACAGAUGCUUCAUGUUGAAGACAUGGACCGACACAGCUGGCCAGGAUUACUGCUCAUCUGUGUUAAGGAC